AUGCCACCACACCUCAUGUUGUAUCACUCCUCGGCCCACUCCAUGGCAUCUAAGUUUCUUAAUGGACACUGGAACACCGGAACGACUGCUCCGGGGUCCACUGCCCUUGCCAAAACCUUUACCAACAAUCCUCUGGCACAAGGAAUGAGACAACAACCACAGAUUAUAACAUCUUGUAACAUCUUUUCAUUCACAUACAGAGGUCGCAAAUUCAGAUACACACGCCUGCCACAAGGCUUUGCCCUGUCCCCCAGCAUUUUCAAUCAGGUGCUCAAAGAGGCCCUGUCACCUUGUCAGUUGCCUGAGGGGUGUACACUAAUACAAUAUGUAGAUAACUUGCUCAUUGCGGCUCCUUCGGCAGCGGCCUGUACAGCAGCAUCGCUCGCAGUGCUCAAAAGACUGGCUGAAUGUGGUUUCAAAGCAAGUAAAGAAAAAUUACAGUUGGUUCAACCAGACGUCACAUUUCUGGGCCGUGUAAUCGCACAUAAAUCAUUGGGACUAAUGAACAGACACAGAGACCAAAUUUUGACACACCCAAAACCGAGACCAGUGAAAGAGCUCCUUUCUUUUCUUGGCCUGAUGGGCUACAGCAGACAGUUCAUUCCAAACUAUGCAGGUAAGAUGGCCUCCUUACGGGACCUGAUCAGACAGGUGGGCGUUCGAAAUCUUAAGGCUGAACUGCCAUGGACGUCCAACACUGAAACUGCGUUCAUUUCAUUAAAACAAGACUUGUCAAGAGCCUCUGAUCUGUCGACGCCCAAUUAUGAGGAACCAUUCUAUUCAGAUAUUUCUGAAACACACGGAAUCAUAUACGGUGUGUUGUUUCAGAAAAAAGAGGGAGGAAGACAGGUACUCAUGUAUGUCAGCAUAAGAUUGAACCCAACAGAAGCGAAACAUCCUACAUGUACACAGCAUGCAGCAGGGGUCGCUAAAAUAAUACAGAAAACAGCACAUGUAGUGAGAGAACACCCAUUAAAAGUUCUUACCACACACAGCGUGGUGGCAUAUGUGAACUCACAAGCAUUCACUAUGACACCACUGACACAACAGAGAUUGAGUAAGGUUCUGGAGGGUCCAAAUCUGACAUUUACACAUGAAGGAAUCAAUAUGGCAGAUUUAAUGGGAUCAGGAGAAUCCCAUGACUGUGUUAAGAAAGCAGAAGUUGAAGGGAAAGUCAGGGAAGACUUAAAAGCAGAACCCAUUCCUGAAGCUGAGGACUGGUUCACAGAUGGCUGCUGUCAUCAUGAUGAAGAAGGGUUGAAAGCAGGCUACGCUAUAGUCUGUAAACAAGGAACUGAAUUUGAGGUCAAAAAAGCAGGAAGAAUCGAAGGACAACAGUCUGCUCAGAGAGCAGAAGUAAUUGCACUAAGUCGGGCCUUGAGACUGGCCAAAGACAUGCUUUUGGAGCAGCCCACGUGGAGCUCGCUCAAUGGAAAAGAGCGGGGUUCAGAAUGGCAACAAAUGCUCCUAUUUGCCAUAGGAAGGAAAUGGAGGAACUGGAGAGGGCCCUGCAUGACCCAAAUGAGACCAGGGGAAGAAAUUGUUAUUGAUUUUACUGACAUGAUUGAUGUGGGGCCUGGGGGAGUGAGGUAUUUGUUGGUGUGUGUAGAUGCUCUGACCAGCUGGCCAGAAGCAUGGGCUACUAAGAGGAAGGAUGCCAAAAGUGUGAUUAAGUGUUUAAUUAAUCAUUACAUCCCUAGGCAUGGGUUUCCACGGCGCAUUAGAUCAGACAAUGGAACCCACUUUAAAAACCAACACCUGGCGGAAGUGGAGAGGAUGCUGGGAGUAAAACACAGGUUUGGAACAGUGUACCAUCCUCAAUCUCAAGGGAAGGUAGAGAGAAUGAACUUAAAUUUGAAAAACAAAUUAUCUAAAAUCUGUGCGCAGACAGGGCUAAAUUGGAUCUCAGCUCUGCCAAUUGCUCUAAUGACUAUAAGAUGUUCUGUUAAUCAAUCCACAGGCUUCACGCCCCAUGAGCUGCAGACGGGAAGGCCGUUCCCAGCACCCUGGACCGAGGUCCCGGUGGAACCGAGCACCAGGAAUGAAAGGUCUCAUGCAGAAUACUGGAAUGAACUAAAAGCUCUUGUCUCCAGUUUCACAAAACAGGUCACCUCUGGAGUACAUGCUCUGGACAGGGCGACCCCGGAGGCAAAGGUGGUGUGGCUGAAGGUGCUCAAACGGAAGUGGAAGGAACCACGCUGGACUGGUCCUUACGAGGUCAUUGCCAGAACGACUACAGCAGUUACACUGAAAGGGAAAGGCGACACCUGGUACCACUGCUCGCAGUGUGCACCUGCACACGAGAGCUUGAUAGAGGAAAACUCGUCUUCAACUAACACGGGUGUCAACAAAAAGAGGCAGAAUAAAUCCUCUCAACUGUGCAACGGGCCGACCAGUAGUCCACCUGGGAGGCCAAAGAAAGAAGAAGAGCAUCGCAGAAGGUUGCCGCACCACCAAAAAGGAGCGGUAACAAAUUGA